AAAAACAGCUGUCAAAUAAUGCAAGGAGAACGGCCAUUUUUCUAAAACACAAACAAGACGAGAAAGCGAGUUAUGAAAAUAUUCGCAGCGAACGUUGGUCAGAGGAAAUUAUAAUUAAACGUGAUUCAAGCAAAUAUUCAACAUAUAGUUGCAAGGAAGUAACCUGGAGAUAUACAGGUCAUUGCAAAAUACACGCAUAUGUUGUUAAAAACAGGAUUUAACUAAUGUUAGUUACAUUCCAAUUUCGCUAAAUUUGCAGUUACCAGCUAGCUAAGUUGUAGCUGGCUAGCUGGCUACUUAGCUGGCUAGCUAGUGCGACCAGCUUUCAACAAAAGGUGUUUAGAGGAAAGGAGGAACAAUAGACCCGAUGGAAAUACUCAAGCAGGAGUAAGAAGACAGAAGUGGAGAGAAUAAUAAAUGCAUGUGAAGAAGAUACACAUAUCGCUCCCCGUGAUCUCCUGUUCGUCACAAUUUUGUUUCAUGGUCAUUUAUUAUGAUCAACUCCCAUGUUGUAAUUACUGGUGCUAUUUGUCGGUAAACAUUUUGUUUUCAUUUGUUGAUUGGUGAGCUUGCUGUUACAUUUGGUCACUCCGUCACCUCACCUAACCCCUUUCCCAGAGCCUUGCAGCUAUUAUUCAGUGUAACAGAUUUGUUUGGCCCAAGUACACCCACUCUAAACCACUGCACACAGAAGAACCAAAUAGCCUUUAACCCCCUCGUCGUAUCUGGACCGAACUGGUUCAAAUCCUCUGGACAAGAAGCCUUGAGCUCCAGUUGAAGAGAGGAGUAUGACUGCUGAAACACUUAACUUCGGCCCAGAAUGUUGUCUAGGGGAAGAUAAUGGGCGAUGCAUAUCCAACUUAAACUUGAGGCUCCGUGCACUAUCCAGAGGGCGGAGUGUGACGUCCCCCCCUCCCUCUCCAGCAUUGCCAAAGUCCAAGCUGGCCGAUUACCGCUAUGGUCGCGAGGAGAUGCUAGCACUUUAUAUCAAAGAUGACAAGCCCCCAGAGGAUAUCACGCAGGAUAAGGAGUUUGCUGCUAUCCUGCAGGAUGAGCCUGUGCAGCCUUUGGCCCUGGAGCCUCUAACUGAGGAGGAGCAGAGAAACUUCUCCAUGUCUGUGAACAGUGUGGCUGUGCUGAGGUUGAUGGGAAAGGGAGGCGGGGCCGCCCCUGCAGCUGUGGCCAAGGGUCGUGGAGGAGGCAUCAGAGGGAGAGGAAGAGGUGAAGGUGCAUUCUACCAAAGAGCUCCUGGAGGUCCUGAUGAUGGAGAGGUGGGCUUUGGUCGUGGCCGAGAAAUGCUCCGCAGCCAAAGCUGGGAUGACCGAGCUGAGAGGCCCAGGUUUGAGAAGCCAAUCAGGCGUGCUGAGGUAGUGCGUCCAGGGUUUGAGGAGGCGGGGCCUCUUGGCAGGAAGGACUCCUGGCGUGCCGACAGCGACAACUGGCGUACCCUCCGGGAGGAGGAAGAAGAGGCAGCAGCAGGAGGAGGAGGGGGAGAGCAGCCAGCCUGGAGAGUUGCAGGAACCCGCCGUGAUGAUGGGGGUCCUCGGUCUGCAGGCUGGCGUGAUCAUGGCGGCCGGAGGAAGUUUGAGUUUGACUUCCGUGACAGCGAGGGCCCCCGCAGGGAGGACGACAGGGAUGGCCUUCCUGAGUGGUGUACAGAUGAAGAGGAUGGAGAGAUGGGCACCUUUGACUCCUCGGGGGCCUUCAUGUGCAUCAAGAAAGGCUCCAAGGGCACCAUCACCGAAGAGGAUCUGGAGUUUGAAGCUCUAGAGGAAGGCAAGGACAACGGUCAGGAAGGCAAGGACAACAGUCAGGAAGGCAAGGACAACUAUAAGGAUAACUACACUGACAGAGAUGAGUGUGAAGCAGCAUGUGAGGGGGUGGUCAAGUACAGGACUCCAUCUCCUCCUGCUGUCUCGGCCCCUCCCUCCUCAGACCCUCUCCCUGCCCCUUGUGCCCCAGAGGCUCCCCUGGCACCCAUCUCCCACCCCUCCAAAACCAACCAUGUGCAUACUGAAGGCAGCUCACCUCCAGGGAGUGGUGCUCAGCUCAGUCCAGACCCCCCCUCCUCCACCACCACUUCCUCUGGCCUGAUGCCUCCUCCCUCCUUCGGAUCUCUCCUCCCAUCAACAGGGGGAGAAGUGGAGGAGGACGAGGGCAUGAAGCACCUACAACAGGAGGCUGAAAAGAUGGUGGCAUCUUUGCAGGACACAUCCCUUGAGGAGGAGUGUUUCACUCAAGCACUGCAGGAGAGCCACAACAUUACCUCCCAAUCUCACACACACCCAGCCCCACACUCACACACACACACCGCUGGACACACACACUCCCACUCUGCCCAUAGGGACUGUGCCCUGCCCCUCUCCCAUGAGGCAGCCAUGAAGUGGUUUUACAAGGACCCCCAGGCAGAGAUCCAAGGUCCCUUCUCCACAGUGGAGAUGUGUGAGUGGUUCCAGGCAGGCUACUUCUCCAUGACCCUGCUGGUAAAGCGGGGUUGUGAUGAGGGCUUCCAGCCCCUGGGUGACGUCAUCAAGAUGUGGGGGCGCGUGCCCUUCUCCCCCGGCCCCUCCCCCCCACCCCUGCUGGUGAGACAGCCUCCACCACCUCGGGGGUCCUCUGGCAAUAUGGAUCAGGAGCUGCUGAAGAAACAGUUAGAACAGGCAGCCACUGCAGCUCUAUACCAGCAAUUGCAGAUAAGGUUUCAGCACAUGAACAGGAGUGGGGAAUCGAGCAUGAUGCCCUCGAUGAACAGGUCCAUGUCAGUACCAGAUAAUGGGUCUAUGUGGGACAUGCGUACCUCAGCCUCCCAGCAGUCAGGAGGUGAGACCAACCUAUGGGACUUAAACAUUAGUCAUUCCACUCAGGGGCCAUCUCUGGAGCAGCUACACAAGCUCCAGGACCGGCGUGAGGCUGAACUCAGGGCCAAGCGAGAGGAGGAGGAGAGGAAGCGGCGGGAGGAGAAGAGGAGGCAGCAGGAGGAGCAGAAGAGGCGUGAGGAGGAGGAGCUGUACAGGCGUAAGCAGCAGUGUCGGCAGCAGCAGGAGCUGAUCCUGAAGCUGCUGCAGCAGGCCCAGCCCGGGGGCCCAGGGUGUGUCUCUGGGUCAGGGUCCGUGUGGAGUGGCCCCCAGGUCUCAGCUCUCUCCAAGCAAGGCAAGAGCCUCAGCCUGCUGGAGCUGGAGACCGAGAGGCUGCUCAAACAGCAGUCCCAGCACCAGAGGGCCCAGCAGCAGAGGGACAGGCAUGGAGGCCUGUCUAUGGGUCAGUGGGGUGAGGGGUCUGUGGGCAUGUGGUCUGGUGGGGGCAUGGAGCCCAAAGGCAGCUCUGGAGGUAUGGGUGUCUGGGAGGAGGCUGUGAAGAACCAGAACAGCCUCCGCAACAUGGGCAUGAAGAACAGCCGCAGCAGCCCCUCUCUUAGCGAGCAGUACAUGUUGAGGAAGAAGCGUACAGAGGAGGAGGACAAACUGCUGAAGCUGCUGCAGGGCAUGAAACCCCAGGACGGCUUCACCACCUGGUGUGAACAGAUGCUGCACGCGCUCAACACCUCCGCUAACAACUCCCACUCCUCGUCCCUGGACGAACUAUUCCAUUGCGGAGCCUCCAGUGGCAUGCAGAGGCCAAAUCCAGUAGCCACCAUCGUGGCCUAUCUGAAGGAGGUGGAGUCUCCCUACGAAGUCCUUGACUUUAUCCGCUCCUACCUGGGCGACACUGUGGAAGCCAAAGAGUUUGCCAAGCAGUUCCUGGAGCGGCGUGCCAAACAGAAAGCCAACCACCAGAGACAGCAGCAGCAACAGCAGCUAUCAAAAGAAGUUCCAGGACUGUCUGUGAACAACUUUCCUCUACAGUCCAUGUUCCAGGCAGCCCAGAUGGGGAAGGGAGGAAUGUAUGACAGCCAGGCUGCAAAGAUGAAGAAGAAACAGACCAUGAUGCUUCACUCCGACCCCAGCAUCUUAGGUGUUACGGUCUUAUCAAAGAGUAAUAACUGGAAGAAGAAGCACAGGGCAAGUUUAUUCAUCCCAUUGGGUCGUAUAGCUGCAAAGACGAGAUAUGACGAUACAAGCACAUAUUUGUCAUCUAGGCAGGGUCAACUCCUUACACAUCUAGACAGCCUAUACAUCUCUGUUGCUAGGCAGGAACUUAAUUGGUUCCUCUCACUGGUGUAGUCAUGGUCCUGCCUGAUGCUAGAACCUUCGUGUGCAUGUAUGUGUGUGAGAUAGGACUGUAGUAGCAGGGUCGCUAGGGUCUGGCCAGCCUCCGAGGUUUCUUCUCACUUCUGUUGACUUGACCUCGAGCCGAAUUCCUUGCUCCUCUGUAGUUCUGCAGUUGGCCUGCCUUAUCAAAGACUAACUGUUGCCCUUCGCCUCCCUCAGUAACUUUCUAUACUCAUUCCAUAUUCACCCUUCAUUAACACAGAACAUUAACAGUUAUCAUACAUGUAAUUUAAUCAGUAAGUUCUUAUAUAACUUGUUCUCAACUAGCCUACAUACUUAAAUAAAGGUGAAAUAAAUAAAAACAUAUAUAUAUAUAUAGUGAUAUUUAUGUAUUAAGUUACUCUCCCAUUUUGGGUUCUAUCUACAGAAUACCAUAAACUUCUGGAAUGUGCUUUCCAAAUGUGAAAAGUAG